GCCCCUUCAAUGGAUCCCUUUUAUAUCUCCUCCACCCACUCCCAUAAAAACCAUUUAACAAAUCAGAAGGAAACUCCAUUGAAAUGGCAUCUGCAACCACAAGACUUAGUUUUUCCUUUCACCACUUAACCCAACCUAAUACAAAGCCCAAGAAACCUCACCUACUUCCUCUCUCCCACAAACUCCCCAAAAUAAACAUCAAACCCCAAAGAACCCAACACUACCUCCAUUUCACCAUUCAUUCCAUUGAUGUCUCGAAAGAAGACAGCCAAGAAACACCAGCUUCAGACCCAGAAAACCAGUCGGAAGAAACGAGUGGUGAAGAAGGCAAGUUGGAUAAACGGAGGUUAGAGGAGAAGUUUGCAGUGCUGAACACGGGGAUAUAUGAGUGCAGAUCAUGUGGGUUCAAGUAUGAUGAAUCAGUGGGUGAUCCUUCGUAUCCAAUACCGCCGGGGUAUCAGUUCGAUAAGUUGCCGGAUGAUUGGAGGUGUCCAACUUGUGGGGCUGCAAAGUCUUUCUUCCAGAGUAAGAGUGUUGAGAUUGCUGGGUUUGCUCAGAAUCAGCAGUAUGGUUUGGGGGGCAAUACUCUUACUUCUGGUCAGAAAGCUCUCUUAAUUUAUGGAAGUUUGUUCUUCUUCUUCGUGCUCUUCUUGAGUGGCUACUUUUUGCAAUAGCUAUCAAACAUUGUGUAAUUCUUCUUUGUUCUAAAAGUAUAUUUUUCUGUGGAAAAUUUUGCAAAU